AUGGCUACAUCAAUAGUAACCGGUUCCGACUCGGUCGUCUACGAGCGCCGGAUAGCCCGUAUCCAUAGAUACCACUGGCCUGCUAUUCAACUUAACGUGUGGAUGCUCAUAAUGCUAGCCGCAUCGUGCUGCAUCAUUGGUAUCUUCGCUACCUUUAUCGGUGUCCAACAACAGCUGGAACUCUAUGUUCCCUGGUACUUCCCUUAUUUUAUCACCGUGUCAGCAUUAACAAUCGUCUACGUUGCUACGCUGCUAUGGCUUAUAGCCCAACGACGGCUUCUCCCUUCUAUAGUCAUCCUCGGCUCUUUCAUGUUCUUUGUGCUCUGGAUGGUAGGCCUCAUCGUCGUCAGUAUUGAGUUAUGGGGCCCCGUCGGUUCCGUCAGCUCGAAUUGUAACCUUUUGGUAUGGAGCACGUCGCCCACGGGAAAUAACCAAGGGACAUUGGCGUGGCUGGAGCAAAGAUCUAUAUGCCAAUCGUGGCAAGCAGUUUUUGCUUUCGCUCUGAUCGGGUGCAUAUUUUUACUGUGGAUUAUCGUGAUGGCGAUACAAGUGUUUUACGAUGACGCUUAA